UGUUUUCUUUAUGCUUUAUCGAUGGUAGAAAGGACGGUCUUGGGACUGCUUGGGGGCACUUCAAAGAUCAAAUGUUCUCCAUGUUGGCUUUCUUGGAAUGGACCACGAGGUCUAUGUCGAAAUCACACCGAUGUUCGAAGUCAUCCCAAGAUGUCGCUUGAGCGACCCUGGAAGGCAUAUGUUUGA